CCAAUGGGCGCAAACUCCCACAUGCCCACGGUCGCCCUCAGAAUCCCUGGUGGAAUGCCGUCUGAUUCGAAGUUUGCGAAGAUGCUCGCGCGUCCCGUCCGUUUCGUAAUGGUUACAACGACGUCUACUAUCCGCACCGAGUACUCUGCAUGCGCGGCGAUGUAA